AGAGGGGCUGCUGGUCUCAUCCGGCAAGCUCUUCCCAUGUUCCUCUUGCUGGCUGUUGUGUGUAUGUUUUUUCGGUGGGGCAGAAUAAAAACAAGACAAACCUGCUCACUAUCAGGGUCAAGAUCCUCCUUACACAGGCUGGGAGGAAUGUGGAAAGUGGGGAAGGGCCUAGGGCAGCCCCUGAAGGCAAAACAAAAAAAGAAAAAGAAAAAGAGCCAGCCAGUUGAGGAGGAGGAGGAAGAGGAGGAAGACAUUUCGCCUCAGUGGUCCUCUCUUCAUUUGCACCCAGGACAGCGAGAGAAGCGGUUUCUGUGGCCCUGACCAUCUCCUGUUUUAGUGAGGAGAAACAUCUGGAGAAGAUCCGGGCUGUGUGAAGAUGGCCUCCUUCCUUCUGCUUCUGCUGCUGGCAGCUGGAGGGACCGUCGCUGGCAUAGAGACUAUCUCCUACACCCCCUCUGUCUCCAACAAGCCAUUGGAAGGGAAAACCACUCAAAGCACCUUCGCCCUGACGCUACCCCACUGCAUUUUUGACCGAUUUGCCAAUGCCUCGGACAGUAUCUGGUUGGUGGUCACGUACGCGAACGCCACAGCCAGAUUCAAGAACCCCAAAACACCUCAAGAGAUCCCGCCAUACGAAGCUCUGUUCACCUCUCACGGCUACAUGACCAUGAAGUCCACCCCUGCCCAGUACUGCAAAGCCGGUAAUCCCAAUACCGUCCUCCGGGUAGGAGGCGAAUCGUCUUGCAAGAACGACGACACCCAGACCAGCUGCAAUGGGCCGCUGCCUUCUCCUGCUUCUUUCAGAGUGAAAUUCCUUAUCAUGGAUUCCAAAGGACCGAAAGCUGAAACAAAGUGGUCCGCUCCAAUUCCGCUGAAAGGAGGUGAAGCGUGGGAGACAGUGGAUACCUGGCCUGGACGUCGCAGUGGAGACAUGAUCGUCAUCACCACUAUUCUCUCUGCCCUUUGUGGGGUUGUCACCAUCGGCUUCCUAAGCACCGUCAGCUAUGAAUGCUUCAAGCUUUGCCGCCCAGGCCCACCGGAAAACCAAGAGGAGCCCCCGCGUCAAGACCCCUUCCAAGGCAGCCGCUAUGAUACGCACCACAUCCCUCCUGCUCCUCCUGCGCCUCCCCCUCCCCCUGCCAUGGACAUGCCAAGCCCCCACCACCUCAGCCCUGCUUCCUAGAGCACCCCGCCCCCCGGGUUGGGUCUCUGGGCAGAUCAACACACACCUUACAUCUAAAACGCACAUUUCAAGCACAUGACUUCCCCCAAAGAACUAUGGGAACUGUAGUUUGCUAGGCUCGCUGGGGACGGUAGCUGUGCGACGGGAAGACUACAGUUCCCAUAAUUCUUUGGGGGAAGUUGUGUGCUUGAAAUGUGCACUGCGAACAUACUUUAAGUGUGGCUCUGCCCUCCCGUGUCUGUUUGCAGUCUGAUUCCAUCCAGACCAGACAGCCACCCACUCGCCCCAAAGUAGUCCUGUUACACCAACACUCACAACUUAAUCCCUCCACCUUGACCACCUUCCUUCUCCAGGUUUUAUUCUUCCACUCAGCAAUAUAAGCCUGUCCUCCAUUCACUUUUUCGAACGUCACAUUACUAAGCUGGCUGUGAUUGUUUCCUCUUUUUCCUUUCCUUUCCUUUUCUUUAAAUGACUUUUUAUUGGGUUUGGUAAACAACAGUCCUGAGGAUAAUAAAUGAUGCGAAUAAAGAGAA